UGGCAGUACUAGCAAGCAUCAGCCCUCUCCGUGACCCCCGCCUCGACGCUGGCUUUCUCUUCCCAUUCAUGGCUCGGUACCCUCUCCACUUCCACUGACCCUAUCUCUUCUCCUCCGGCAAACAGAGCAGCUCCAAAUAUGCUAUCUUCUUCACAUACUGCUACUACUGCUACAUGGAAGAUUGUUAUCUCUCCUAAUAAGAAGAGCAUCCCUGGAGAGCUGAUCGCCCCGAGGUCUGCCAAGCCGAAAGCACCACCUCCUUUAGAAAGGCCAAAAGCUCCACCUUUGCCUCCACCUCCAGUUACUACUACUAGCUCUCCCCCUCUUAAUCCUGUACAAAAGCUUAUAGCUUCUGCCCUCGAUGCAGUAGAGAGCAAUUUCGUCGUAGAAUUGGAGAAGAAGCGCCCCCUCCCGAGGUCUGCUGACCCCGCCGUCCAAAUCUCCGGCAAUUUCGCUCCCGUGCCGGAAUCGCCACCUCGGUACGGGCUUGAAGUGGUCGGCCGUAUCCCUUCGGAGCUUUAUGGUGUCUACCUCCGCAAUGGGGCCAACCCGAUGUUCCCGCCUUCCGGCGGGCACCACCUUUUCGACGGCGAUGGCAUGAUUCAUGCAGUCACCCUUUCGGGUCCCGACAAGGCCUCGUAUGCCUGCCGGUUCACCCGCACGAACCGGCUCUCUCAAGAGGAGGCUCUCGGGCGCGCCGUCUUUCCCAAGGCCAUCGGCGAGCUCCACGGCCACUCGGGGAUCGGACGGCUUCUGUUAUUCUACCUCCGAGCAGCCGCCGGGAUCGUGGACCCCAGCCGGGGUACCGGCGUGGCUAACGCCGGGCUGGUGUACUUUAACGGCCGCCUCCUCGCCAUGUCCGAGGACGACAUGCCGUACCACGUACGCAUCACCCCCGGCGGCGACCUCGAGACCGUCGGUCAGUUCGACUUCGCCGGCCAGCUCGAUUCAUCGAUGAUCGCCCACCCGAAGAUCGACCCGGCGACCAGCGAGCUCUUCGCCCUCAGCUACAACAUCAUCCGCAAGCCCUUCCUCAAGUACUUCUGGGUGGACCCUGUCACCGGUGCAAAGUCGCACGACGUCGCCAUCACCCUCCGACAGCGGACUAUGAUCCACGACUUCGCGAUCACGGAGAACUACGCCGUAAUUCCCGACCAGCAGGUCGUGUUCGAGCUAUCCCGGAUGCUGCACGGGGAAUCGCCGGUCCGGUGCGACCACCGGAAGACACCGAGGUUCGGCGUCCUGCCCAAGUACGACACGGAUGAGUCGAACAUCCAGUGGAUCGACGUGCCCGACUGCUUCUGCUUCCACUUAUGGAACGCAUGGGAAGAGCAAUCCAGCGACGGCAAACGGACGGUGGUGAUCGUCGGAUCAUGUAUGUCGCCGCCGGACACGAUUUUCUCGGACCGGGAGGAGCCCAUGCGGAGCGUGCUAUCGGAGAUCCGGCUGAACCUGGGGACCGGGAGGUCGAGCCGGAGGGAGAUCGCGGUCGGUGUGAACCUGGAGGCGGGCCAGGUGAACCGGAACCGGCUCGGGAGGAGAACCCGGUUUGCUUACCUGGCGAUAGCGGAGCCGUGGCCAAGGUGCUGCGGGGUGGCCAAGGUGGACCUGGAAACCGGGGAGGUGAGGCGCUUCGAGUAUGGGGAGGGUCGGUUCGGGGGCGAGCCGACGUUCGUGCCGGUCCGGUCGAGGGGCGGGCAGGAGGAGGAGGACGAAGGGUACGUGGUGGGGUUCGUGCGGGACGAGGGGAAGGAGGAGUCGGAGCUGGUGAUCGUAAACGGGAAGAAUAUGGAGCAGGAGGCGGCGGUGAGAUUACCGUCGAGGGUGCCGUACGGUUUCCACGGCACGUUCGUGAGGUCGACGGAGCUCCUCCGGCAGCGAGAGGCCUCGUGAUUACGUGCGAAAGGGUGGUAAGCCGGUUCGUGUGACAUAGGAAUAAGCCGGUUUUUUUUAGUCUCUAUUAUGGGAUCGUGGAUAAGAAUGGUUGAAGGAGACAAUGUGGACCCGGGACAGUGUCAGUCCGUUUUGUGUCUGGGUUUGGGUACUACGUACGUUUUGCUGCACGUGGUUGCUUAUGUUUUUUUUUGGUUUGUUUUAUAAGACAUGUAGUAGUUCAUUAAUGUUGUUUUGGCUA